GGCGUGUAUCUACCCCUCCCUCCCCCAACCUUAAACUUCGACCCACCAACCAAUCGCUGCGGCGCUCCCGGGCGUCUCGGCUAUCUCCGUCAAUUUCCGUCCAUUUCCGGCGGCGGCUCCCAGAGUUCCGCGCGCUCUUUGAAAAAGAGCGGUGCGUCCGGAGCAACAUGGCGGCGGCGGCCGCCGAGCAUCUCCUGGACGAGAUGACGUACGACCGGGGUUCACUCACCACCCCCUCGGCAGCUGUGAAGCCAGAGAGGUCACUCUCAUCCCGGGCACGGCACCCGCUCUUCGGCUGAAGCAUUGGUUAGCCUGAAAGAGGGUGGUCUAUCAAGCCCAUGGAGCCGUCGAACUCCCCCCCGCAAGGGCGCCGCGCAGCGAGACAGCCCCUCGAAGGUGCGCAAGAAGACGCGACUGCACUUCAGCGAAGAUGAGGAUUUCCUCCCGAGCACAAAGUCUCCGCGGAAGAACGCACGCGUUGUCAUGAUCCCACAGAAGUUGUCUGCGGGUCUCACCACUCCAGACAAACGCAGCGCGCAGAAGGUCGGCAUCCGUCUCCGUAACCUCCUCAAGCUGCCCAAGGCUCACAAGUGGUGCAUCUACGAGUGGUUCUACUCCAACAUAGACAAGCCUCUCUUCGAGGGCGACAAUGACUUCUGCGUGUGCCUCAAGGAGUCGUUCCCUCAGCUGCGGACGAGACGCCUCUCCCGCGUCGAGUGGGGGAAGGUGCGGCGGCUCAUGGGCAAGCCACGGCGGUGUUCGGAGGCUUUCUUCGCGGAGGAGCGAACGGCCCUCCUCCAGAAGAGGCACAAGAUCCGGCAGCUGCAGCAGCAGAAGGUGACUGACCUGAGCUCCUUCAAGGAGCUGCCCGAGGAAAUCCCGCUCCCGCUCGUCAUCGGCACCAAAGUCACAGCGCGCCUGCGGGGUCAGCACGACGGGCUCUUCACGGGGCAGAUCGACGCGGUCGACACCAUCAAAGCCACCUACCGCGUAACCUUCGAUCGCCCGGGCCUCGGCACGCACACCAUCCCCGACAUCGAAGUCGUCAGCAACGAGCCGCAGGACAGCAUGCCCAUCUCGUCGUUUGCGCAAAAGCAGCGUCCCGUAAAAACCUUCAACAGCCCGCCACGUGUGCACUACAGCUCCAUGGUGUUGGCCUCCCCGCUCGCGGACCCGCUGCUGGGCCAAGUCGAGUGGAAAUCUCGCCUCGGGGCACCCGGGCCGGACAGCAAUAUCCUCGGCGGCUUCCCCAUCAACUUUCUCGUUCAAGUCACGCGGCUGUCCAAAAUCCUGAUGACGAAGAAAGAUUACAUCAAACAGCUCAAGGAGAUGAACACGGAGGGCGAGAAGCUGCGGUCGUAUUCGGAGCCAUUCGGGAUCGACUUCCAGAAGCGGUAUGCCACCAUCGUGCUGGGCCUGGAGAACCUCAACAAGGACCUCAAUCACAUCCUGCUCAACGUGCAGCAGUACUGCUACCAGCUAGCCCCCCAGCAGGGCCUGCAGCCCAUGGACCAGCCGACGGAGAUGCGGCGCCAGUGCCUGGAGGAGGCGCAGGAGAUGGUGAGAGAUGUCGGCAGGUCGGGGGUGGGACGCGGUGGUGCCACGUCGGCGAUUACAACGGGAGGGGGAGGAGCUGGGGAGCGCGUGGCAUCCGGGGAUGACACAGAGGGACUCAGGGAGCUGGUGGCUCGGCUCUCGGCGCUCCUCCUGCAGAUCAAGAGGCUGGCGGAGAGUGACCUCAACUCGUUUGAAUUUAAGUCUCUGACAGACUCGUUGGACGAAAUCCGCAGCUCGCUGGACCCUACCAACAUCAGUUGCUUUCAGAACAACGUGGAGAUCCACGUGGCGCACAUCCAGAGUGGCCUGAGCCAGAUGGGAAACCUGCACGCGUUCGCCUCCAACCUCACCGAGGCAGAGUGGGAGAGACCGUGACCACAGUUCUGCCCUGUGUCGCCAUGUACAACAACAACAAUGUCACGCACACGCACUCACGCAACCGUACUCGUCCACGUAACGUCACACACACGUCCACCGUACACAACCACAGAGCGACAAAGACAAAGAUAUGCCCCCCG